AUGGCGACGAGAGAGCUACACCUUGCCGCGUUCUCCAGAGACCUACAUGGAAUACUGGCGUUCUCCGCGUCCCCGCGGACAGGAUUUAGUUUCCUGGACGAUGCCGAGCCUGACUAUAGCUUCGACGGAGGCGAUAACCCCAGCAUCACGCGGGGGGUCAUCGAGGCGUCGCUGCCACGAGAAACAAUCGCUAUUAGAAGCAACCCACCCCGGAGAGAAGUCGAAGAAAGAAUCCCAGCCAUCGCCAUGGGCCGUGCCGGAGAGCUCAUCCGUCUGCAGAAUCUGACUGUCCGUUCGACCCUCGCAGAAUGGGUUUGCGCCGACCUCCGCGCUCUGCGUCUCUACAUGUGGGACCUUGCCUUACCGCCCCUGGCCAAGAUGUUGGCUACACGGUUCCCGCACCUGGAGGAACUGCACCUCGGCUUCUGCCACCCCUAUAUCCACGACCUGUGCCUGCCCUUCAAGUUCUGGGUCCGUCCAGAGUUCCUCGCGUCGUCCGCCAUCUGGGACAUCUUUGGGGGUGUCGGCCAAGUGCAACCGGCCAAACUCCGCUUGACCAAGUUGAGGAAGUUGACCUUGCAGCGCUCGGGCAUCAGUCGCGUCCAACUGCAGAACUGGAUCGAGUGCAAUCCGGGCUUGGUCGACUUGAGGAUGCACCAUGUGGCCGGCGUCGACGCUGCGUUUGUCCAGUGGCUGGGCGUCUAUUACGGAUCCAAUACCGGUGACCACGCUGACCACGCCGACCCUGGCGCCGCCGCACCGGCAAAGCUGACCACCCUGGCUCUCGAAAGCUGCACCUCGCUGUGCCUCGAGACUGUGGAUGACCUGGCCUGGCUCGACUCCCUCUUCCCAGCACCAGCACCAGCACCAGCACCAGCACCAGCACCAGCACCAGCACCGGUCACUACAGACAAAGACACGCCUGCUCCUGCUCCUGCCCCGGCAUUCAACAUCCUAUCCUUCCGAGACUCGACACGGGUCUCCAGCUCCGCCUUGAUGGCGUACCUGGCGCUCAAGCGCCCGGCAGUGCGACAGGUGACCUUUCCCGACGGCCGUGUCCUGGUCGAGACGACCACCGACCCGGACAACGACGACAACUUUGACCCGGCCGUGUGUUCCUCCCCGGCCUAUUCCACGACGCUGAUCCACGAUGACACGCAGCCGUCGCCGGUCCCGUAUCUCCGUUUCCGCCGCUUCCGUCACCGCCUGGCCGGGAUGGGGGACGACAUCAUCGAGCCGGCUCCGCAUGUCGCCUGA